AUGCCUCCAAAAUUUAAUCCAAGCGCCAGCACUUUUGUACCAGGCGAUUGGGGCGUUCCGGCUGCCGGCUAUCAGGGAUAUAAUGGCGGCUCAGCAUAUGGCAACUCCACCGGAUCAGCUAUUCCUAUCCGCGUAUCCAAGAAAGCGGGCGGAAAGCAGAAACUGUCACUAGAUGACUACCUCAGGUCCCAACAGCCCACUCACUCCAGCGGCAUUUCUGACUCGGAGGUGUCACAGGUGUCGUCUGGUGCCAACACGCCAAGAGCAAGAGCGAUGGACUCCACCACUUCUCUUUCAUCGCUCAACUCUGCUCUUCAAAAAUUGCAGGUUUCGCCAAUCACCGAGCUUCUAAACAACAUACAGACGUCCACCAAGCUGUCUGAGAUUAGAGAAGAGUGCGAGAAAAUUGUGGAUAUGAUUUAUGAGCAUGGUGCCAGCGCCAUCAACGAAUGGGAUAUCCAGCAGGUUCUCGUGACCUUGUCGAAGCCGAAAAAUCCUGCUUUGAUCCGAGAAGGCUCGAUGCUGCUGUUGCAGAUUUUGAGCCGGAAGUUUGCCGGCAAGACUCCAUACGAGGCAUAUUUUGUUGACCUAUUUGCGCCCGCGUUUGAUCUUCUGGCCGAUAAAGAGAACACUGUGAAAAGAUCUGCCCAGGCUUCCAUCGACUCGUUGUAUGGCAUGUUUCCUGUCGAGGCGUACUCGUCCGUGUUGCUCAGCAUGCUGUUGAAGUACCUCAAGUCUAGUGCGAAAUGGCAGUCUAAGGUUGGCGCUCUGAAGACGAUUGACAAAAUACUGCAAGAGGCUCCUGCGGACCUGCUCGAGUCGAGAUUUGUCGAUGCUAUUCCGGUUCUCACAGACAUGGCCACAGACUUCAAGCCUGAACUUGCCAAGGUGGGCUAUAAAUCGCUAAAUGACUUUGUGAAGGUUCUUGAUAACUUGGACUUGCAACCACGUUACGACUUGAUUGUUCAGACUCUUGCAGACCCUCAGAAAGUCCCAAACUGUAUCAAGUCUCUUUCUUCCGUCACGUUCGUUGCAGAGGUCACAGAGCCUGCUCUCGCAUUGCUGGUUCCCAUCUUGGACAAAUCAUUCAAGCUGUCCUCGUCGUCCCAAGAACAAUUGAGACAGACCGUGAUGGUCACUGAGAACCUGACCAGACUGGUGAAUAACAAGUUUGAGAUCGAACACUACAUUCCCAUCCUGCUUCCUGGUGUGAAAAGAGUUGUCGAGACCGCUUCCCUUCCGGAGGUGAGAGAGCUUGCUACUAAAGCUUUGAGGGUGAUUGAAGACGCGCAGGCUGAACAGUCUGACGGAAAAUUCCAUGGUAGAUUAUCUCUGGAAAAGGCCGAAGAGUAUCUCACCGAAAUCAAGCCCCAGAUCAACGAUUCUGUUAUCUACGAUUACAUGGUCAGGGUUCUGCUCACCGACUCCAAUGUCAACGACUGGACGAGACUCUCUGGGUACCUUAAUAUGAGUUUGGGAAAUUUCCUGGAUGAGGACGUCAAGAAGACAUUUGUUGACAAGACCAUCCACAAGCUCAGAGAGCUGUUCACUCCGAACGUUUUCGAUGAUUCUGAGGAGGACGGUGUUGUCAUUGUGAACGCUGACUUCUCGUUGGCCUAUGGUACCAGACUCUUGCUCAACAAGACCAACCUCAGACUUGUGAAAGGGCACAGAUAUGGUUUGUGUGGAAGAAAUGGUGUUGGUAAGUCGACGUUGAUGAGAGCCAUCGCCAACGGACAAUUGGAAGGAUUCCCUGAUAAAUCAGAGGUCAGAACCUGUUUUGUCGAGCACAAGUUGCAAGGAGAGGAGGCAGACAUGAACUUGGUGGACUUUAUUGCAUCUGAUCCGGAACUGAAGGACGCCUCGAAGGAGCAGAUUGCUUCCGCUUUGGAGGAAGUUGGAUUCAACAGCGAGAGAAGAAACCAGCAGGUGGGAUCCCUUUCGGGAGGAUGGAAAAUGAAGCUCGAACUUGCGAGGGCCAUGCUUAUGAAGGCCGAUGUCUUGCUUCUGGACGAGCCAACCAACCAUCUGGAUGUUACCAAUGUGAAAUGGCUUGAGGAUUACCUGGUUCAGCACACAGAUAUUACGUCUCUAAUUGUUUCGCACGAUUCUGGAUUUCUGGACACUGUUUGUACGGACAUCAUCCACUACGAAAACAAGAAACUGGUGUAUUACAAGGGCAACUUGUCUGAGUUUGUCAAGGUCAAGCCAGAAGGAAAGUCGUACUACACUUUGACCGACUCAAACGUGAAAAUGGCAUUCCCUCCUCCAGGUAUUCUUACAGGCGUGAAAUCGAACACCAGGGCCGUUGCGCGAAUGUCCAACGUGACGUUCAAGUAUCCUUCGGCCGAGAAGCCAUCCUUGAAGAAUGUUUCCUGUUCGCUGUCGCUUUCUUCCAGAGUUGCUAUCUUGGGACCUAACGGAGCAGGUAAAUCCACCCUCAUCAAGUUGUUGACUGGCGAGCUGGUGCCUAACGAGGGAACUGUCGAAAAACAUCCUAACCUGCGUAUCGGUUACAUUGCGCAGCACGCUUUACAACACGUCAACGAGCACAAGGAGAAAACGGCCAACCAGUACUUGCAAUGGAGAUACAAGUUUGGAGACGACAGAGAAGUGCUGUUGAAGGAGUCUCGUAAGAUUUCGAGCGAGUCCGAGAGACAGAUGUUGGAGAAAGAGAUCGAUAUAGGUGAUGGCAGAGGAAAGAGACAGGUCGAGGCCAUCGUGGGAAGACAGAAACUCAAGAAAUCGUUCCAGUACGAAAUCAAAUGGAAAUGGUGGUUGCCUAAGUACAACUCGUGGGUUCCUAGAGAGAAGCUGAUUGCAGAAGGGUUUGAGCCUUUGGUUCAGAAAUUCGACGACCAUGAGGCCUCCAGAGAGGGUCUUGGGUACAGAGAGUUGACUCCUUCUGUGAUCAGAAAGCAUUUUGAGGACGUUGGUCUGGACGGAGACAUCGCCGACCACACUCCUAUGGGCUCUCUUUCUGGAGGACAGCUUGUGAAGGUGGUGAUUGCUGGUGCCAUGUGGAAUAACCCGCAUUUACUUGUUUUGGAUGAGCCUACGAACUAUCUGGACAGAGACUCUCUUGGCGGUCUUGCGGUUGCGAUUAGAGAGUGGAGCGGAGGAGUGGUGAUGAUCUCGCACAACUCUGAGUUUGUUGGUGCUCUGUGUCCAGAACAGUGGAUUGUUGAGAACGGAGAGAUGGUCAAGAAGGGUGUCACUGAGAUCGAUCAGUCGAAAUUCGAGGACAAAGGCGGGGAGUCUGCUCAGUCUAGAGCAGCGGCCGAAAUGGUGAACAAGCCUGCACCUUUGAAGAAGAAGGACGACGACGACUCGCCCGCCAACAUCAAGGUGAAGACCAGAAAGAAGAAGAUGACCAGAAACGAGAAGAAGGCUCAGGAGGAGCGCAGAAGACUGAGGCAUUUGGAGUGGCUCAGCUCGCCUAAGGGCACGCCUAAGCCGGUCGAUACCGACGAGGAGGAAUAA